AGUCCCAAUAUUUGUGACGUCAUAUUUGUCUCCGAGGAAAAAUCGAAGAGAAAUCUAUGAACUAGUCAGCUACAAUGGCAGAUACUUUUACGGACUAAAUUAGUUAACAUGUAGCAAAAGUGAUUGAAUUCAAAACGUGUGUGGCUAAAAUGAUCAUCACCCGUACCAUCCUUGGGUUGAUUGUUGUACUUUCUAUCAGUGUUUGCCAGUCAGUUCCCAGCAGAUAUGAUGAUGAAGAAUUGAUCAAGCUACUGAAAAGAUAUGAAGACCUGGAAAUUGGAGAUGGUAUUAAACUCAGAGACCUGGUUGAAAAUGAAUAUACUGGAGUGGAUAAGACAGCAAAAGUGAAAGCAGAGGAUGCUGGGAUAGACCUUGCAGCAGAGGAUCCUUACAUGGAGAAGGUGGAGACCACCCAGGCGGUGGAAACGACCACCACCCCUCACCCCAUGCCUAAGGCCCCCCAGCCACACGUACAGCCUGACCCUGACUCCAAGGAGAAGCCGCUUAUACCUCUCUCACAGGAUAGCAUGCUUUUUAUAGGAAUUGUGACGGCAUGCAGUCUUGCAGGGUUUGUUGGACUCAUCAUGGCUGGAGUGUGCUGGUACAAGCUACAUAAGAAUGCUAAGGCUGCCAGUGAGGUAGACUACCCAGCCUAUGGAGUUACUGGCCCUGCCAAGGAGAGGGUGGGUCCUGGCCCCGGGGACAGGAAGCUGGCCCAGAGUGCCCAGAUGUACCACUACCAGCACCAGAAACAGCAGAUGAUUGCUAUGGAAAAAGCCAAUGGAGAAAUGAAGAAUGAUGCCUCAGAGGAUGAGUCGGACGAGGAGAAUGAGGAAGGGGACUACACAGUCUACGAGUGUCCGGGGCUGGCCCCGCCGGGUGAGGUGAUGGAGGUCAGGAACCCCAUGUUUUCAGCAGAGACCCCGACAGGGACACAGACUGCAAACACCCCCCAGGAUCCACCCCAGCAGUAGACCCACACCACCAGUACAUACACUGGCAUUUACUUCAAGACUCCCUAUCUCUCCACACUUAACAUGACAAUUCCUCUCCUUCACAUCAGCUGUAUAAUUGUAGUACAUGUAUUACAUCCAGUUGACUAGAGUUUAAUGGUUCUUUCACAUAUAAGAAAAAAUUGUACAGUCAAGAACACAUGGUGGUUUGGACUGGUCAAAUACAGUCUGAUGGGUUCAUUUUUAUCUUUUUCUUUGUUGUAUUUAGUGCUGUAUUUAUGGAAUGUUGAACCACAUUUCCAAUGAUUGUAUAUUUUAAUAUUAAUCUUUCUGAUGUUUUUAUUGUGAUACGCAAUAUCAUAUGAUAAAAAGAAAUCUCCAUGGAAUCAUGUUUUUUGCUUGUUAAGUUUAUACAUUAGUAGACAUGCCAGUGUCAUUUCAUGAUUGUCUUUCAAGAAUGGGGUGUUUAUCCUGUUACUGAUGAUAUCUCUAUCUGCUCCUCUUAACUAAUGGUCCUCUUUGAUUUCUGUAGAUCCCGAGAGCACAAAAAAAACUAUUUGAAAGCAUAUUGCAUGUGAUUUCAAUUUGCAUGUUAUUUUAAAGAAACAAUUAAGUCUCAGGUACAUUUCAUGUGAUUACAUGAUUUAUAAGGGCUUUAAUGAAGAAUUCUGAUGUUGUUUACGUGCAUUAAAGGUUGUAAUUCUUUAUAAUAUUUAUGAUUAAUUUUUAGGAAAUUUAACAGAUAUUAAAAUGGUUAAACAAGUUCAGUGAAAGAUGCAUUGAUAGAUAAAUGUAGACAUAUGGGUGCCCGGUUCAUAUUUUAACAUGUAUAUUUAUCUAUAUUUUAUUUGUUAUUCAUCAGAAAUGGUGGAAAUUGAAUUUUAUUUAUGUAUAUUACAAGCUCUCUUUCUAAUAAGCUAGCUAGUACACACUUUGUGUCAUUAUAUUGAUUCAUUCCAACUAAAACAAUCUCAAUGAUAUAGAAAUCCAAUGUUAUUUAUGAUCUCUUUCUUUUACAUUCCUAAUUUAAAUGUAUGCAUAAACAUUUAUAUAUGCAUUUUCUUCAUUAAUGUACACUGCACAAGAAUUUUUUCUGAAUCAAUACAGAUCUGAUAUUACUGUAUCAAAAAUGUAAAUCUUCAAAAGCAAUUUUAUAAGUUUGUACAUUUUUAAGGAGUAAAUCUCAAGGAAAUGACCAUAUCAUGUGUACAUGUACAGAAUGCCAAAAUAAUUGUCAAAUUGUUCAUGUAUUUGAUCUACUGCAAUUGGGGGAAGAAUCCAGUAGUUUUCCAUCUAGAUAUAUGGUACAAACAUCAGUAGGUUGUGCAAUAGAUCAUUGUAUAUGGGUUAUGGUCAGUAAAGUGUUGUGCAAUUUUCGGCUACAAGUUGUUUUGGCAAAAGAUCACGUAGGUAAGACUGGGUUGUCUCUUGCCAGAAGGACUCCAAAGAGCACAGUGGCUGUAUUUUGUUGUCAAGUUAGACCAUUGUCACAGGUUUCAUUUCAUAUGUAUCAAUACAACAAAUCUCUGCAUUAUGUUUAUGUGAAAUUUGCAAACUUCAGAAUUUCAAUUUUUAUAUAAGGACCUUUUUUUUUAUACAUUUGUGGACAUCAUACAGAGAAAAAUUGUAUAAGGAUAUUUCUUUAAGUUUAAUAAUGGACAAGUCAGAUUUCUUUCUCUACAAGUACUGCAUGUUCUGUACUACAUGUGAAAUAAAACUUCUGAACGAAA